UUCGUUCUUGUGCUUAUUAUGCGUAUAUAUUCACCCCAUCUUUUGUUCUUCUUCGUGUGUGUAUAUCCCUUUUGGAUUCCCUCAAUCCUUCUUUAUUCUAUUCAUACCGUGAUUUCUUCUAGCCAUUACUCCUAUUACUAACUACUACAUCCACUCUAUAUUUCUUUUUCGUGCCGCCUACAUACUACUACUCUCAUCGUAUACCACCGUUUCCCUUCCUCUUUAUGGCUGCGCAAGCCAGUUAUUCCAUGUAUAUGUUUCUUUCUACCUUUCAUUAUCUCUUUCUCUUUCUCUUUCUCUACGAUAUGUACAUAUUAUACCCUUCUUCUUUUCAACCCUCGGGAUGGUUUUCAUGUCUUUUAACAACUUACACUUCUUUUUUUAUUUUCUCUUUUUGUCUAAACACCAUACAUAACAUACCUUCCACUUGUUUCUUCAUUCUCUGCUCUCACGCGCACGCGCACGCAUAAACUGAUGAUGGCGCCCCCCGACAUCUAUACAUAUCACCGUCUC